UCUUGCAUAUCAUCUCUAUUGGAAAAUAAUGAAUUGUUUUGCUUAGCCAUUUAAAAAUGAGUUUAGGAAAAAUAAACACUGUUACCAGACUUUCUGCCCUCCGCCCAGGCUUGCGAUACUCCAGCUCGGCUAAAGCGGAACUACCGGCAUCCUUGGUUGGCGACGAGGAUGAGACGACGGCUUACUAUCAAGCUGUUGACCGAUCCGGCCUACAGCCACAACACAAAAAUGUGCUUCUAAACAAAUUGCCCUAUCAGGAGCCCCACUCCUGGAUACAUCUGACAGAGAAAUACCAAAGGCAGGCCUUUGGGCGUUACGGUGCCCAGAGCAAGGUCGACCCCAAAAUCUGUUUUAAUUCCCGUGGAGAGACUGACAACAGGCAGGUUAUGCAACUAGAAACGCUCCUAAAAAUGCUGGAGAAGAAUCGGGCACAGAAAGCCGAGGAGCUUGAGAAGAUCAAUGCCCGCGAGGAGGACAUAGCUAAGAAAGUGGAAAAGCUGAAACAGUGGAAGGCGGACCUGCACGCAAAGGUUGCCAAACGGGAGGCGGAUGCGGCCGCGGCCAUAAAACGGAAGGAACGACUGGUGGAGGAGGUGCGCAGACACUUUGGCUUCAAGGUGGACACACGCGACGAACGAUUUAAGGAGAUGCUGGAACAAAAGGAAAAGGAGGACAAGAAAAAGCAAAAGGAGGCCAAGCGAAAGGCUAAGGAAGAAAAGAUGAUGGCCAAGCUGGUGGAGAAGUCAUCUGCCUAAUAAUACUUUAGUUGUGAAACCUUCGACAUAAGCAAGGAAUUGUUAUCAGUUGCCUUUUUAAAUAAAUUUCCAGUGAAAAUCUCCAGCAA